AUGUCUCAGGCUGCGAAGCCUUCGGGGACAGCUGUGGUGAACCCAGGGCCUGACGGGAAGGGGAAGGGGACCCCACCCGAAGCACCUGCCGCCGGCACCGGCCCCGCCCUGGCCCCAGCGUCCCUGCCCAUUCCCACUGCCAAGGUGGGGGAGCUGCCUCCCGAGAGCUACAGGCUGGUGGUCUAUGAGAAGGAGAACUUCCAGGGCCGCAGCGUGGAAUUCUCCGGAGAGUGCCUGAACCUGGGAGAGCGCAGCUUCGACCGAGCGCGCAGCAUCAUUGUCACCUCAGGACCCUGGGUUGCCUUUGAGCAGUCCAACUUCCGGGGAGAGAUGUUCGUCCUGGAGAAGGGCCAGUACCCGCGCUGGGACACAUGGUCGAGCAGCUACCGCAGCGACCGGCUCCUGUCCUUCCGGCCCGUCAAGAUGGACUCCCAGGAGCACAAGAUCUGCCUGUUUGAAGGCGCCAAUUUCAAGGGCAACACCAUGGAGAUCCAGGAGGACGACGUGCCCAGCCUCUGGGUCCACGGCUUCCGUGACCGCGUGGGCAGUGUGAGGGUCUCCAGUGGAACCUGGGUCGGCUAUCAGUAUCCUGGCUACCGCGGAUACCAGUACCUCCUGGAGCCUGGCGACUUCCGGCACUGGAACGAGUGGGGGGCCUUCCAGCCACAGAUGCAGGCCGUACGCCGCCUGCGCGACAGGCAGUGGCACCAUGAGGGUUCCUUCCCCGUCCUAGCCACCGAGUCCCCCAAAUGAGCCCACACUCCACUCGUCUCCCCCGUACCACCCCUUCCUCAGGCUAAAUUUCCCCGUCUUUCCCAUGCAAAUAAAAGUUCCUAAAGC